AUGAGGUGCAUCGACCUUGCAACCCAAAAUCACCUUCACACUCACAUCAAGAGCUGCAACCAUGAUAAAUAUGAUGCGCUGGUGAAGAUUAAGACUGAACAUGAGGAUCUGACGCCCACCAGAAGCUCCAGUAAUCAGCAAACGUCCUCUGGUGCUGUCAGCAUUAACACCUCUCUCAGUCCCACACAGGAAGAAGGAAACGUCUGCUCACAGUGUGGGAAGAGCUUCACUUCCCAGAGCACUCUAAAAAUACACCAGCGCAUUCACACUGGAGAGAAGCUCUUUCAGUGCUCACAGUGUACAAAGAGUUUUAAUCAACAGAGCACUCUCAAAAGACACCAGCGCAUUCACUCCGGAGAGAAACCAUACGAGUGCUUACAGUGUGGGAAAAGUUUUACUCAACAGAGUAAUCUCAAAGAACACCAGCACAUUCACACUGGAGAGAAACCGUAUCCGUGCUCACAGUGUGGAAAGAGUUUUAAUCAUCAGAGUCAUCUUAAAAAGCACCAGCGCAUUCAUACUGGAGAAAAACCGUAUCAGUGCUCACACUGUGGAAAGAGUUUUAAUCUUCAAAGUGUUCUCAAAAAUCACCAGCGCAUUCACACUGGAGAGAAACCGUAUCAGUGCUCAAACUGUGGAAAGAGUUUUAAUCAACAGAGUGUUCUUAAAAUUCACCAGCGCAUUCACACUGGAGAGAAACCGUAUCAGUGCUCACAGUGUGGGAAGAGUUUUAAUGAUCAAAGUAAUCUUAGAGUACACCAGCGCAUUCACACUGGAGAAAAACCCUAUCAGUGUUCACAGUGUGAGAGAUGGUUUAAUACACAGAGUGAUCUCAAAAAUCAUCAGCGCAUUCACACUGGAGAAAAACCGUAUCAGUGCUCACAGUGUGGGAACUGCUUUUCUCAUUUAUUAACACUUAAGAAACACAAGUGUAACGCAUCAAAUUGUACCAAAUAACGUAAUGAUUAAAUUUUUUAUAUUACAAUCCCAAAGCAUACACCUGUUAAUGUGGCAGCAACUGUAAUAUGUAGCAUGUGCUCAAAUCGUAUUGUUACUUUUUUUAUAUUGUAUUUCUGUAUUUUCUCUUAUCGUAGUCAGUU